AUUUCGAUGUUGCAGCUUUCGUCAAAAGUUGCCCGACAUCUGAGUGACCUGUCUGUCUGUCUGCUCACCUCCAUGCCUACAAUUUUUCUCCCGCUUGGAACGCCAACGCUGUUGAAACAACGCACUUGAGUCGCCCUGAAUCAGUUCUUAUUGCGCGUCAAGACUACGGACCCAGAACUGUUGUAAGAUACCAGUGAGCCAGCAGCUUCUCACUAUGGCUGGUGAAGGCUCCAAGCGUAAGAGAGCCUCGACAGCCGACAAGCCUACAAAACGCCGGCGGUCGUCGUCUGGAAGCGACAACAAUGACGACCCAAACGCCAAGAUCCUCCUGAUGGAGCAAGGGAUCCUUGAGUCGCGGAAAAACUACAACGACAUCACCACGCUGCUCGGCACAGCAAAAGAGGACAGCGACGAGGCCAUGCUCGCAACGGUGGCACUGUGCCGCAUCUUUGUCAGGUUACUGGCUCAAGGGUCACUCACGUUCAAGAAGUCUCUGUCCGAGAAGGAGGGCGUCGUCGUGGGAUGGCUCAGGGACCAGCUGCUGCAGUAUAAGACGCUGCUGCUGGGCCGGAUGGCGGACGAGGACCUCGCCGUGACGGCGCUGACGCUCUGCAUGAGAAUCCUCAAGGCGGAGGGGGAGUUUCUGUCCAACAAGGAGGAAUACUCGUUCCCUACAGCUUUCAUCGGAGACAUUGUCGCCGCUGUCUUGGAGUCGACCAACGAGGACGUGCGGACGGCGUACAUCGAAGAGUUUGCCGAACAGUACGACGACAUCCGGUAUUUUACGUUCAAGUCCAUCAAACCUGCCAUAGAAGCCAUUGCGUCCAAGGGUGGCGACUCAGGCGCAUUGUUUGACCGGGUCUUCGCCCUCAUUUCUGCUCUGGACGGCGUGCCUGAGUCUGCCGACGAGCUUGAAGACUUCUACGUGCCCCGGCCGCAGAAGAAAUCUCACCCCCUGCGCUCGGUGACCCAGCACAAGAAGCAGGGGCAAGAAGCCUGGCUGGCGCUUCUCGGAGUCGUUGAGACCAAGGACCAGCGAAAGCGAAUCCUGAACGUCAUCUCGACGACCAUUGCGCCGUGGUUCACCAAGCCCGAGCUGCUGGCCGACUUCCUCACGAGCUGCUACAACUCCGGCGGCUCGAUGUCGCUGCUCGCGCUCUCGGGCGUCUUCUUCCUGAUCCAGGAGCGGAACCUGGACUACCCGUCGUUUUACGCCAAGCUUUACUCGCUGCUUGACCGCAACAUCCUCCACUCCAAGCAUCGGUCGCGCUUCUUCCGCCUGCUGGACACGUUUCUGGCGUCGACGCAUCUCCCAGCGGCGCUCGUGGCCAGCUUCCUGAAGCGCUUGGCGAGGCUCUCCCUGAACGCGCCGCCGAGCGCCAUUGCCUUUGUCGUGCCCUGGAUCUACAACCAGCUCAAGCGCCACCCGACAUGCACGUUCAUGGUCCAUCGCGAGAUUAAGGAUGCCGACACGAAGAAGCGCAUCAAGGACAACGGUUUCGAGGACCCGUUUGUGGCGGAGGAGUCGGACCCGAUGGAGACCAAUGCCAUCGACAGCAGUCUGUGGGAGCUGGUUCAUCUCCAGUCACAUUAUCACCCCAACGUUGCGACGAUUGCCAAGAUCGUGUCGGAGCAGUUCACGAAACAGUCGUACAACAUGGAGGACUUUUUGGACCAUUCGUACGCGACGCUGUUGGACGCGGAAAUGGACAAGACCGUCAAGAAGGCACCGGUUGUGGAGUUUCACAUCCCCAAGCGAGUGUUCCUGCCUCAGGAUGACCCGGUGGCGGUGCCUGACAGCCUGGUAGCCAAGCUGUGGGACUUUGGAACCGUCGCGUAGUGCAGGGAGCAGCUGUCGUUGCAGUCGCAUCUCGAGAUGCCUUCCUAUGAUUCAAACGACUUCUCAUAGAGCGCAUCGUUGAGAGUAGUGCCAACGAGGAGCACACAAAAGUAGAGGUUGUGCGCCUUGAGAUAAUGUAUGUAAAGGAUUGACCAGGGUGUCAAACCAUACGAUUCUGGGUUCUGCCUAUUGUGCCCAUCUCAGCUGUUGAAGUCCAGUGAAGACAACUCCUUCGGAAGAACGCAUCGGCGAUGGCUUUACAUACAGGAGCCACUACAGCCAUGAACAUCUCCGACAUUUUGAUUUCAAGGUUUCGGUAACCAGGUUUAUUGUUCUUUUCGCAUUGACUAUCAUGGACAGAAACACAGUGAGUCAAGUGCCUCUUUCGUCAACAAGCCAUGAUUUGCUGGCAGUGCGGCCUUCCGUCGCUAGCAACAUGGCUCUCGUGGGCACCUAUACCUGCCAAAUAUCGUCGCAUACAAACAACAUGCCCACCAAUACCUGCUUGUACGGGCGAACGUGUGGGACUAAUACGUGGCGUAGCCUGGGGCUCUACUGCGAGGGAACUCAGGAGUAAGUCGCAGGCGUCGGCUCCUGGAUGCUGCCCACUGGUCAGCUCCUGAGCGUGUUCCACAUCUACACAGAACAGCAACACCUGCCUGGUUUCUAUAAGGGCUGCGCCGUCCAACACCUGGACGCGGACCAAGGAGGUAGGCAGGUAGGCAGAGGUGCCGUGCUGGUGGGACAUCGCGGCACACUGGGAAGUAACCCAUCUCUUUUGCCAAUAACGGCGAGACCGGGCCUGUGAAGGGGUCAUCGUGUCAAGAGCCAUAUCAUGCGUUGGGGAAAAAACAACAUUGCAGUCGCGUCCGCCAAUGGAAAGAUCAGCCAGGAACUCAUGACAGGAUCUUGCCGCCAAUGCUACUCAUUGGGAAGGGUGCGAUGGAGAAAAGAGACGAAGGCAGGUAUGAAGCAGCAGGUUAGAAGGAGGGGAGAGGUAUCACUCUACCAUAUCCUGGUAAGAGCGUACCGUGUGGCAAGAGCCUACCGAGGGCAGCAAAAGGUAUAAAUUGCCCGUCGCCCCCCUUGAUGGUUUGUUUUCUUUCUUCUUUCUUCCCCAAGGACCAGGAUCCGCACAACACCAGACGA